CCCGUAGCGUCAGUCGCAGUCGAUUGUUCGAUUCGAUUCGAUCUUGCGCCUUUUGAUUUUUACCUCGGGAAAACUUCGCGCAAGUGAUACGCUUUUUCUAAGCAAAAAUAGUGUGUACGUACAGCGUUGGUAUAGCAUAUACUGCGUGUCCGGUAAGAUCGUGUGGUUCACUCUUUUUAGACAACGUAAUUCUUUCUUUAGUCAAAAAUGAGCACGCCGGUGAAGAAGGUCCCCAUUCACCUGCAGAGCGCGCAAAACAGGCUGCUGAUUAAGAAUGGCAAGGUGGUGAACGACGAUGGGAUCACGGACAACGACGUUUACAUCGAAGACGGUAUCAUUAAGCAAAUGGGUCGCAAUCUGAUAAUACCGGGUGGCACUAGAAUCAUCGACGCCCGUGGGAAGUACGUGAUGCCUGGUGGCAUAGAUCCACACACCCAUUUCGAAUGCGAGCUAAUGGGCGCCAAAUCGGUCGACGAUUUCUAUCAGGGGACCAAGGCAGCUGUCGCUGGUGGUACGACGAUGAUCAUCGACUUCGUCAUCCCCAGGAAGGACGAAUCCCUUUUGGAGGCGUACGAGAGGUACCGAGAGUCCGCCGAUCAGAAAGUCUGCUGCGAUUAUUCGCUCCACGUUGCUGUCACGUCCUGGAGUCCAAAAGUCAAAGAGGAGAUGGCCACGUUGGUGAAGGAUCACGGUGUCAGUAGCUUUAAAAUGUUUAUGGCCUAUCGCGACCUGUUUAUGCUAAGGGAUCCAGAAUUAAUUGAGACGUUCAAAGCGUGCAAGGAGCUCGGUGCCAUCGCUAUGGUUCAUGCGGAAAAUGGCGAUAUUAUUGCAGAGAACACGAAACGAUUGCUCGAUGCAGGAGUCACGGGGCCGGAAGGUCAUGAAAUGUCUCGCCCCGAAGAAGUGGAAGCGGAGGCUGUGAAUAGAGCAUGUGUUAUAGCUAGCCAGGUGAAUUGUCCGCUGUACGUAACGGCAUUGUCGAGCAAGUCCGCUGCUGAUGUUGUGUCCUCGAAAAGGUCGGAGGGUGUCAUCCUGUUUGGAGAGACUCUCGCAAGUACCGUGGGUAUCGAUGGUAGCGAACAAUACGGGAAAGAUAUCGAAAAAGCGAGACGUUACAUUACUAGCCCACCAUUGAGACCCGAUUCUACCACUCCUGCCUAUCUAAUCGAACAUCUGGCACAAGAUGGCCUUCAAGUUACCGGUAGCGACAAUUGCACCUUUAACGCCGAACAAAAGGCUUUGGGCAAGGAUGACUUUUCGAAGAUUCCCAAUGGUGUAAAUGGUGUCGAAGACCGGAUGUCAGUCGUUUGGGAGAAAGGUGUACACGCGGGUAUAAUGGAUCCUACGAGGUUCGUGGCAGUGACCAGCACCAAUGCCGCUAAGAUCUUCAACUUGUAUCCGCGAAAGGGAGUGAUAGCGGUCGGCUCAGACGCAGAUAUCGUUGUCUGGGACCCCAACAGGAAGCGUACGAUUUCCGCUCAGACGCAUGUUCAGGCCGUUGACUUCAACAUCUUCGAGGGUAUGGAAGUUCACGGAGUACCGGAAUACGUUAUAGUGGAAGGCCGUGUCUGCGUGGACGAGUGCGAACUAAAGGCUGUCCAUGGAUUUGGAAAGUUUGUCGAGACGCCAAGCCACGUUGAUUAUGUAUACAGUAUGAUAGAAGACAGAGAAAAGAGACCACGCGGAGUGGCACGAAGCGAAGCCGAAGCGAAAAAGUACGCUGAGGAGGAUGCCGCCAUCGCGAAGGCCAAAGAGGAAGCAAGAAAGGCCGCAGCACUCGCGAAGAAUCAUCAAACGAAUGGUACUUACGAGAGUCCGAAACCGAAAAUUUCAAUGCCUGAUUGCAUGCCGACACUACCAGAUUCUGCGGUGGUUACACCAUCGUCGAAAGGCCCGCGACUAGAGGGACAAAGAAAUUUGCAAGACUCUACUUUCUCUAUCAGCGAGGACGUCGAGGAAGCAAGAAGAGCUUGUAUCCGCGUGAAUAAUCCACCCGGUGGUCGCAGUGCAGGAGGUUUUUGGUCUGUUCCAUCAAAGGAGGACUUGGAUGCCACCGGUCAGUAGAGCGUACGUUCGUAUUUUCAUCUAUCACACUAUUUUUCGCUUCACUAUCGCUUCAUUGCCCGCUCUCUGUAUACCGUACGCUUCAUUCUUUGACCUUGGAACGUUCACGCGUUUUCGUCACUCGCACUUAAUUCGCAUCGUCGACUUUACCCUUCGUGCAAUAGAUAUAUGUAUCUGUUGAGUAUCUAGCAGAUUAAAGGUUUAUUUUACUGUUCUUCUUGGACACUCUCUUUGAGUUCUGCAAACUCAUCUCGUUUGUUUGUAUAAUAUGUUGUUUUAUUAUAUACUAUAAGGAAUAACGGAAUUACGUACGGGUAUCAAUGUGGUUUAAUUUUCAUAUGUAUACUUUAUAUAUUUAUGUUUUUUCCACAGUGAAAUUAUGAGCAAGAAAUUACUUCCUGCUUUUCUAAAUAUUUUGAAAAACAAAUAAAAAGAUUUAAAAUUUUGUAAAAAUGUACGUAUUUCUGUUGAUUCUAAGGUCAAGCUGAUAUGCAAAUUAUUUAUUGCAUAAUUAUAUUACUCCAAAACAAUAUUCGCAUCUGUAAUGUAAUAUUUAAAGUCAUUUUACAUGAUCACUUACUAAUGACAGUCGAUCAUUAAUGAACGAUUAUUGGUCACCGAACAUAAGUCGUACAUUUGACUGUUGUUGAAAUCAGUUGUUAUUGUAACUUUGUUUCCGUAUCGUCUAAUAAGUUAUAUAACACCGGUAUACAUUGAUCAUCAUCAGUUUCAUCACUGAUAUCAUACGAUGACGUAAACAUCAUUAUAUGCUCGGUGUACAUAUUACAAAAAAAAUGUUGUUUUGCUCUCAUUUAAUCGAGGUUUACCUGGCAUGCAACUAUCUUAUGGGCAUAAUGUUAAUAUUAUAUAUUUUAUAUGCUAUCAUUAGCCGUAGAGUCGAACACCGUACCAUUAAUUUUAAGUCAAUCCUCGAUUAAACAAUAAUUGUUUUGUUUCUCUAUCACAAUCUAGCGUUACGUUUCGGUUAAUUAUAUUGUUAAUUGUAAUGAGUGUAAAUAUUAAAGUAAUCCUUAGUUUAACAAUUCGAGGAACUUGAAAGAUUGUUAUUUUGCAAAGGAUUAAGUAAUCGUGUUAUAAACUAUAUAUGCGAAGUUACAUUUGAAUGUUCGUCAGAUAUUGAUAUAUAAUUUAAUUAUCAUAUAAAAGGAUGAAGUCUGUAAGUUGGAACAAAUGGUUGAGAAAUGAGAAACGGGAAAUUUUUUGAAUAAUUUUCACUAUAUUUUUACCAUAGUUGUAGAAUAUUUGCGAGUUUAGAAUAGUUCAAACGAUAAAGUGAUCUUGAAACUUACAAUAAUAUUGAAACAAGUAACGUAAUUAAAUAUUUGGCAUUAGGAAUUUUUCCUGUUUCGAUAAUACAGAGUAGCAUUUCUCUGCUUCAAAAAUGUACAAACUUUUGAAAAUUUACCAAAAUGAAGAAAAUUUCAGCGUUUAACAACGACAAGCUUGUAAUAAUAUUAUAUUAACUGAAAUACGCACAAAUUCAUAAAUAGAUCACGCAGACAAAGACGCUAAAGAUCACAAAUUAACAACAUUGUGCCGGAAGGAAGACGUUAAUGUGAUGUAUUUGACAAGAACGCACACUUGUUCGCUUACGAUUGCUGUUACAAAAUUUUACAUGAAAAGAUAUAUUUACAAAGUCACUUAGUACUAUUUGAUUUAAUUAGUCGAGUCACAUGUUGCGUGAAAAAAGAAUGUUUUUUCAAUACUUUAAUAACAUAAAUCCUACAUUCCGAUUUUUAACACGUUGCAAGGAUUACCCAUUUCUUUUUUAAAGAAAACUCUGUCAAUGAAAUAAUGUAUCCAAUGAUACUUUUAUUAAAUCCUUAAGACACGUACGUCUACGAAAGUAAAGUUAACGAUAAUGAUUUUAACAAUAAUAAUAACAUUAAGGGUAAAUGAUACUAAACAGUAAUAAUCGUCGCAUAAUAAAUAUUCAUUACGUAAUUAUUAUCGUGUAAGGUGGAUGAACUCGAAAUUCUACGAGUAUAAGAGGCUUGUCUGAACUACUUGUAAAUGACCAAAAUGUUUGGUACCAUUGUAGCACUUACAGAAAACGCGAAUAACGUUGUGACGCAUUUUUAGGAUGAGACUUAGAUCGCAUUUAAGAACAAGAUGUCUGAGAGUUUUUCAACGUAGAUUUUGUAUCGAAAUUUCAGGAACGUUUUUAAGAGUUUCUACAUACACGCGUAGAGUCUGUAAUAAGUUGUUAGGGAUCACAGAAAGCAACACGCUUCAUUAUAUUUUGAAAUAAUUUAUGGUAGUCAUCUUAUAGGCGAUACGUUGCAAUUAUUUUACCGGAAUAAUUCUAUUACGAAAACGUUUCUCUAGAUCCAUUGUUUUGUCUUCUAAUACUAAUUAUACAAAUGGACGUAUUUGAUUAUAUAAGACUGCUUGGAGCUUGAUUAACCAGGAAACGAUUUCACUUUGUUCAACGUAUCAUACGAUUUAAUGGAAAGCAUUGUCUCCGUUUCUUUUUAUAGCCUGUAGACUAUUAACGUUCAUUAAGUCUUAACAUCGUUAUUGUGCAUGUUGCGUUCGUUCAAUAGCAAUCAUUUCUGUUUCUUUGUAAAAAGUUUUACAUUGCCGCAUUCGGUAGGUGCAUUACUGUAUUCCAUUUGCUAAUAUAAAAGUUUGUACGGGAAUUUAUUAUUUAAAUGACAAAUAUUGUGAGGGCUUUAUAACAGAUUUACCUUUAUAAAAAUAUAAUUAUCAAUGUGUUCACGUUGCGUGACCUCGAGUCGAGUAUUCGAAAGAAGUGUAUAGUUUAUCGAUAUAAUGAAUGAUACAGCUAGAGUACCUAUUUAUGUCUGUUACAAUGUAUGUGAUCGCUUGAAAUAAAGACUUGACAUCAAUAUUGAA